ACUUCGCCUGCGCAAAAUGGUUGCGGACAGUCUGUCAUAUGCCUGGCGUACAGUCACACGCCAGAUACCUGCUGCAAAAUAGUGGUCCACAUUCAAAUGUACAAAGUACGGAUUGUGUAACCAGAAACAGAUUGUAUCACCAUGAUUGAUCCCAGCUCAUCUGAAGAAGAUAGUGACGAUGAACACAAGAAGCAGCCCUCCAAAUUACCAGUUGUACCACCAGGAGGCUUGGCAGGUGGAAGGCCAUCAGUGCGGGGAAAACCAGAGCUACCACGAGGAUCUACAGCUGGGCUGCCAGGCGCAAGUCCUCUUACAACAGCCCCCCACGCAGCUCCCCUUCACCCCGCGACUCGACAGAGGGAGGCUCAGGCGUUAGCACCCCCACAACAUGCAUCGUUCUUGCGCAGGACAUCAACCGGAAGUGCCAGUUCCGGUGAGGCUCCUGCUCCAUCUCCAAGUCCAUCUGGGACCAGUCAUUCGGAUAAAGAUCAAGAUCCACAGGAAAAGAUAGAGAAGCUAGAAGAGGACAAAAAGAGAAGACUGCAACUCUACGUAUUUGUGUCCAGAUGUAUCGCACAUCCGUUCAAUGCUAAACAGCCUACGGAUAUGACUAGACGUCACACGAAGGUCACUAUGCACCAGUUGGAGACAAUCCAAGCAAGAUUUCAGGCAUUCCUCAAAGGAGAAACUCAAAUAUUAGCAGAUGAGGCAUUCCAAAAUGCCGUCCAGGCGUACUUCGAUAUCUUCUUAAAGUCUGAAAGGGUGGAGCAAAUGGUGAAAGCUGGUGCCUGUACCCAUAACGACUUUCGCGAAGUAUUCAGGAACAAUAUCGAGAAGAGAGUGAAUGAGUGCAUUUUUAAAUCGCAAGCCGAAAUCGACGGUCUCACUAAAGACACUGUAGUGACGACGUGGCUGGCGAAACUAGAUUGUAUAAUGAAGGGAACGGGAAUACCAGGUGUACCAGGAGACGAUGAAUCCAAACGGCCAUCACGAGCUCAGCAGCAAAGCCUGAACGCAGAGUGCAUCCUCAGCAAGGAACAGCUGUAUGACAUGUUUCAACAGAUACUGGGCGUCAAGAAGUUUGAACAUCAGCUGUUGUUUAAUGCUCUCCUGUUGGAUUCGGCGGAUGAACAGGCUGCAGCUAUAAGAAGAGAACUGGAUGGACGAAUGCAGAAAGUCAAUGAAAUGGAAAGGAACCGCAAGUUGAUGCCUAAAUUCGUUUUGAAAGAAAUGGAGUCGCUGUAUAUUGAAGAACUGAAAUCGUCAAUAAAUUUAUUGAUGGCCAACCUUGAGUCCCUCCCUGUCUCCAAGGGGGGAGCGGACUCAAAGUACGGCCUUCAUAAAAUCAAGCGGUAUAAUCACAGGAACCCCGGGCCAGAUCCGAGUCCAAGAUUGAGUAAGCAGCUAUGUUUCAGAUCGCAAGGCUCUUUAGCGAACAAGUUGACUGGUGGCGAAGGUGACGGAGGGGAUGUAGACACCCAACUCACUAAAAUGGAUGUGGUUCUUACUUUUCAAAUAGAGGUAGUUGUUAUGGAAGUGAAGGGGCUAAAGUCUUUGGCGCAGAAUAGAAUAGUAUACUGUACCAUGGAAGUGGAAGGUGGGGAUAAACUACAGACUGAUCAGGCGGAGGCUUCGAAGCCAAUGUGGGACACACAAGGUGACUUCAGUACAACUCAGCCACUUCCAGCUGUGAAAGUUAAGCUGUAUACAGAGAACCCUGGUGUACUAGCACUUGAAGACAAGGAGCUUGGGAAAGUUUUACUCAGACCUACGCCGCUGUCUAGCAAAGCACCGGAGUGGCAUCGAAUGACUGUACCCAAAAAUUUACCAGAUCAAGAUCUGAGGAUUAAAAUCGCGUGCAGAAUGGAUAAACCAUUGAAUAUGAAGCAUUGCGGUUACCUCCACGUAAUUGGCAAAGCUGUAUGGCGGAAGUGGAAACGGCGAUACAUGGUGUUAGUGCAAGUCAGUCAAUAUACGUUUGCCCUCUGCUCCUAUAAGGACAAGAAGUCUGAACCAGCUGAAAUGAUGCAGCUUGAUGGAUUCACUGUGGACUAUAUUGAGUUGGCAAGUGCUCAAUUGAUGGUGGGUCAAGAGCUGGAAGGUGCUAAAUACUUCAUGAACGCAGUCAGAGAUGGAGAAUCGGUGUUGAUGGGUGUCAGCGAUGAGAAUGAGUGUCACCUCUGGGUGAUGGCCCUGUACCGAGCGACUGGACAGAGCCACAAACCGACACCUCCCACAACAUCUGACACGCAUAUCAAAAUUAUGGGAGAUGCGGACAAAGCGAGAAAACACGGCAUGGAAGAUUAUAUCCAAGCUGAUCCAUGUCAAUUUGACCAUCAGCAAAUGUUCUCGAUGUUGCAGUCGCUAUCAUUGAAAUAUCGGUUACAAGACCCUUACUGUUCUUUGGGUUGGUUUUCUCCCGGCCAAGUCUUCGUUCUGGAUGAGUAUUGUGCACGCUACGGCGUCAGAGGCUGUUUCAGACAUCUUAAUUAUUUAUCAGACUUACUUGACGUCGCCGAAAGCGCCACACAGAUGGUAGACCCUACUUUGAUGCAUUACUCUUUCGCAUUUUGCGCGAGCCAUGUCCACGGAAACAGUACCGCCACGUUGCCUGGCAGGCCCGAUGGUGUGGGCAGCAUCACCGUACAGGAGAAGGAGAAAUUCGCUGAGAUCAAAGAGCGGCUGAAAUCACUUUUGCAACAUCAGGUCACCAACUUUCGAUACGCAUUUCCCUUUGGAAGGCCUGAGGGGGCUUUGAAAGCAACGCUGUCCCUAUUAGAGCGAGUGUUAAUGAAGGACGUGGUAACACCAGUUGCACCAGAGGAUGUUAGGUUCCUGAUCCAAAAUUGUUUGGAGAACGCAGCACUUUUGAACUACCAACAACUCAGUCAGAAAGCUAAUAUUGAAGAGGAUUUGCGUGGUGACACGAUGGUGACUCCAGCGAAGAAGCUGGAGGACCUGAUCCGUUUGGCUGAGCUCUGCGUAGAUCUUUUGCAGCAGAAUGAAGAACACUAUGCAGAGGUUUAUAACGCAAAAUCGGAAUCGACUGGUCAACAAAAUGCAUUCGCAUGGUUCUCAGAUCUUCUGACAGACCACGCUGAAAUCUUCUGGGCGUUAUUCGCUGUUGACAUGGACAGGGUUUUAGCUGAACAACCCCCUGAUACCUGGGAUUCAUUCCCAUUGUUCCAAAUCCUUAAUGAUUAUUUGCGCACCGAUGGUAAAACGAAAGGAAACGGCAUUUUUCACGAACAUUUGCGUGACACCUUCGCACCAUUGGUCGUUCGAUACGUUGAUCUUAUGGAGUCUUCAAUAUCGCAAUCCCUGCAUAAGGGUUUUGAAAAGGAACGAUGGGAGAUUAAAGGCAACGGUUGUGCUACCAGUGAAGAAUUAUUCUGGAAGCUGGAUGCUCUGCAAAGCUUCAUUAGAGACCUGCACUGGCCAGAACCAGAGUUCAGGUCCCACCUGGAACAACGCCUGAAGUUGAUGGCAAGCGACAUGAUGGAGACCUGCAUACAGAAGACGGAGGCGUCAUUCCAGGCGUGGCUGAAAAAAAGUGUGACAUUCAUGUCAACGGACUACAUAAUACCAGCUGAGAUCUGUGCUAUGGUAAAUGUAGCACUGGACGCGAAGAACCAAGCGUUGAAGCUAUGCGCUGUUGAAGGCGUGGAUAUUUACCAGUACCAUGCUAAAAUGGAUGCUCAGAUCGAGACCUGCCUCCACGCAAUGGCUACGGGUAUGACGACUCGCCUGUCAGCCGUGUUGGAGGCUACGCUCGCGAAGAUCGCGCGGUUUGAUGAAGGAAGUUUGAUCGGGUCAAUUCUGACGAUUGCGAAUGUGUCAGGCUCUGGUAAGGACAUCGGGCAGGGAUACGUCACUUUCAUGAGAAAUUCUAUGGACCAGAUUCGAUCUAAGGUGACAGAUGAGCUGUGGAUACUUCAGCUCUUUGAACAAUGGUACAGUCAGCAAAUGACUCUCAUUGGAAACUGGUUGAAGGACCGACCAGCUCUUCAUCCACAACAAGUCGCCUGUCUCUCUAUUGUCGUUAAGAAAAUGAACAGUGAUUUCGAGCUGCAAGGUGUAAUAGAUGACAAGCUCAACACAAAAACCUACCUAGAAGUCGCACAAAGGAUGCAUACAGAGGAAGCCACUUGCAGCUUACUUCUUGCUCAGCAAGACACCGGCGGCAGCGAGGAGGGCGCAGAAGAGGGAACUAAAGCUGGGAAGUCGAAACUUGAGUCUCUCACAGAGGAGGCAAAACUUGGAAAUGUUUCUGCUGUUGUUGGGAAGGUUGGCAACAUGUUUGGAAGAGGCAUAGGCGAAUUGUCUACUAAAUUAGGAGGGGCUUCAUCUUGGUUUUAGUGCGUUGUUUUCUAUAUUUGGUUAUUUAUUUAGAAAAAAUAUAACUUUUAAUCAAUACGUCACACACGACGUUCACUGUGAUGUCAAAAUUCACUCAUUCCACUAUAACACAUUUCCCAAAAAAAAUAUUGGUCUUUCACUGACUAAUGUUUUGUUAGAAAAUGCUAGAUUAACAACCUGAAAUAAUUCAUAAUGUAGUGUUAGUCUAAUAUUGGGCGAGCGCCCAAAAUAUCAUGUCAAAAUACGCGCCAUUUUCCUUUAGGCUAUCAACAAAAUGGCGUCACCUAUUGAUAAGAUCGUAGUCUAUAGUAAAGUUUAGUAUUAAUGUAGACUUUAUUUUAUAAAAAGCUUUAUGUACAGUUAGAGGAUUGAUUUGAAGCAAAUAAUAAUUAUGUAUAAGUGUAGUAUUUGAUAACACAAUAAUUAUAUUAGAUGUGGAAGCAUUAAAUAUUUAAAACAUAUUAACCAGUGCUAACAAUAAAAAUACAUAUCGCUUUGUGCAAAAUAUUCUUACUUUGUAAUCCAUGGCAUAUAAAAUGUAUUUACAAUAUUGUCAUAGUAAUGACAAAAUUGGGUCGGUGACCCGAAUGAUUGUUGUAUUUGAAUUAUUUUCUUCCAUUUAACCGUUUUAAUAAACUUUCGUUUCAUGAACUAAUCUAUGGCAAUAAAUCCAAAAAGUCUUGCUCAUUAAUAGAUGUAGCAAAAAAAGUGUUUUUAUUAGAAAUUAUUAACAGUUCUCAAUAACAUGAUUUAUUCUAUAAAAUCAAUAUUUUUCUAACGUACCUAGUAAUUUUUAAAGUUAUUUUAUUCCUAGCUUUAUAACUCUUUAAUAUAAAAUUUAUGAUUCGUGUAAUUUCAAAAGUUAAAUUUAAAAACGGCGCCAAAACGUUAGGGUUAGGACAACAGAAACAGAAACAUUUAGGACAGUUUAAGUGUUGCUAUUUUAGUAAUUCAGAAAGUUUGGCAAUUUUUUCUUUUGGAAAUACUCGAAUAUAAAAAUGUUUUGCUGUAGCCGUAAAUUAUAGUUUAAAGUCUCUCUAUUCAUAUAUUAAAUCUAUUUUGUAAUGGAUCAAACUUAGUCGUCAUGACAUUUAAUAAAAUACUUAUUCUAAUAACUAGUUAAUUGAAAUUUGUUAAAAAUUAUUCUUCUACGCUAUUAAAGUUACAAAUUUUGAAUGACUAGCGACAAAUUUUAAGAAUCUUAGAUAAAAAUUAGUCUUAAAAAUAAAUAUUAGACGCUAAAUCGCCUUAAUAUCUUAUUUGAGAUGGCUAAUCAUGGAUGUGUCAUGUCAUUUCAUUACACUCGAAUCAAUAUUUCGUUAGUAAAAUAUAAGUUUUGUUCAACCUCGAACAAAAAAAAACAACAGAAGAUUGACAGCUUGUCAACAUUAUGUUUUGAGGCACAGCCUCUUGACGUUGAAUACAUAAUUAACGCCUGUCUUUCAUGACAAAAAAUACCAAAAUCAACCGAUGUAAGAUAUCUAGUCACAAUUAAUUUUUCUUAGGACCAAUGUAUUUUUGAUAUACCUACGCAGAAACAAAACAAAACACAGUAAUAUUUUAUACAUAUAUUUACUCUCUCACUUACCUCACAUUGGUACACUUUACACUUAUUUUUCUAAAAGAUUCUCAAUAUUUCACUUUUCACAUGCAACAUUCACACUUUCAUAGUACUUAAAAUAAUACUUAAAUAUCUAUUCAUGAAUUAUUUCUUGAAAAUUACUUUCUUAGGUUUAACAUUUACUUAUAAUAAUUAUGUAUUUAUUUUUGAUUACAUAAAAUGUAGUAUUGGCUUGAUCCAGAAUAAUCGGAACAGAUUAUUUUAAUUUCAAUUUGCGUUUUCAAACUCAUUGUCAUCAUCAUUCGAGUACUGAGCUCAAUGGAUAACGUCUAGUAUAAGUGCAUUAUGAGCCGACUGAAUUGAUAACAGAAUAAGCUUGUGACAUCUACUUGCGAUGGGUGUAAAAUCUAAGUAAGCUACUUGUACCAGACAAGUAGCUUGAAAUUUAAGACCCUUAAAUGCGGGAAGCACUCCUAAAACCCAUCGUGAGUGCAAAAGAUACAAUAAAUUAUUUACAAUAAAAUGUUUACUGUUA